AAAAGGCUGUCGUAUUAUUUGUAUCAAAAGUGAAAGGAGAAAAAUGGGUCUCAACAUCCUAUGGAGAAAUCCACAUGUCAAGAAGAUUGGAGUAUUAUGUAGACAUUUCAGCAAAGUUAGUGUUCUUCAUGAGGUGGUUAUUGCCAGUGCUGUGAGGACUCCGAUUGGUUCGUUUCAGAGUUCUCUGUCGCAGCUAAAGGCCCCUCAGUUAGGUUCUGUCGCUAUAGAGGAGGCCAUCAACAGAGCAGGUAUUAAGAAAGAGGAUGUGGAUGAAGUAUACAUGGGAAAUGUUUGUACAGCUAUGGAGGGACAGGCGCCUUGUAGACAGGCCACACUGGGAGCAGGCCUCCCUCUGUCUGUGCCCACUUCAUCUGUGAACAAGGUGUGUGCCUCAGGGAUGAAGUCCAUCAUGUUAGCAGCCCAGAACCUCAUGUGUGGACAUCAGGAAGUGAUGGUGGCAGGAGGGAUGGAGAGUAUGUCUAAUGUCCCCUACUACAUGGCAAGAGGGGCCACACCUUACGGCAAAGUAGAGCUGAAAGAUGGCAUUGUCUUUGAUGGGUUGACAGAUGCUUAUGAUCAUUGUCACAUGGGUAACUGUGCAGAGAACACAGCUUCUAAAUAUAGCAUCUCCAGACAGGAACAGGAUGAGUAUGCUAUCCGUAGUUAUAAACUGAGUCAGGCCGCCGCUCAGGAGGGGGUAUUCCAGCGGGAAAUCACGCCUGUAGAGAUACCCCAGAAGAAAGGAGAUCCAAAGGUGGUGACUGAAGAUGAAGAGUACAAAAAGGUUAACUUUGACAAAUUUGCGUCUUUGAGAGCAGUAUUCCAAAAAGAUGGCACAGUUACUGCUGCCAAUGCCAGCACACUAAAUGACGGAGCCUGUGCCCUGGUCCUUAUGACUGCUACAGCAGCUAACAGGCUGGGGGUCACUCCUCUAGCCAGGAUACUGGGUUUUGCUGAUGCAGCCAGACAUCCAAUAGAUUUUCCAACUGCUCCAGCACUAGCCAUUCCUAAGGUGCUGGAGAUGACAGGUGUGAAGAAGGAGGAUAUAGAUAUGUGGGAGAUCAAUGAGGCCUUCAGUGUAGUUGUAUUGGCUAAUGUUAAAGAUCUGGACAUUGACAUGAACAAGGUCAACAUCCACGGAGGCGCGGUCAGCAUCGGUCAUCCCAUCGGGAUGUCAGGAGCCCGAAUCACUGGUCACAUGGUCCAUAGUCUGAAACCCGGCCAGAAGGGGAUGGCAGGGAUCUGUAAUGGAGGGGGAGGGGCAUCGGCCAUACUCAUAGAGAGACUGUAAAAUAAACCAACGAAGGGCAUCGAUAUAAAGACUGUGAUAUCUAUAGCAGCUUCUGAUUCUCUGGUGUCUGAACAAAGUGGCAUCACGAGAUUACGAUUUUCAUGGUACAUGUACUGUCAUUUUCCUGACACGAGGAAGUGUGAAAUAUUUUCUUAGAACUUUGAUUAAUAAUAAUGUUCAUUAAAAUCUUUAUUUACAUAUCUCUGAGUAUUACAUGAAAUUUAAGUCAGAAUUGAUUCCCAUAAUUUCUGUAUGUAUGAAAUACAUUUAUACCAAAUUUGUCUUUUAUUCUUCCUUAAGAUAGCCAGUUAUGUACUAAUGUAUUAUGUAUUAGGAGGGGUGGGGGUGUGUUAGUUACUGUUAGUGCGAAUAUAGAUGUCUUGUGUUGCAAGAAUUAUAAAGGCUCAAUUUAAAGUAGAGUUUGUGCCAGGUAAUUCAGAUCAUUUUUUUGUUUAUAGCACAAAGAUAAGAGUAAGCUACUAACCUCAUGACAAAACAGUACUGUAUUGUUAUCAGUGUGUAUGUUUGUUGAACAUUAAUUUUGAAUGUGCUAUUUAAUAAUACAUGUACAUAUUACAUGUACAGCAUGAUGGUGUUACUAAUUUUUAUUUGGAAACUUAUUCAUGCAGAAUAGUUUGGUUUGAAUUCAAAUAUUUUUAUGGAUUGAUAUUACUGUUAUUUCUGUCGUUUAGAUGGAGUGCAUGUGAAUUGUUAGGAAGAUUGCACUGUGUCAGGGUAGAUAACUCAGUACUGUAUUUCGCUAAAGUGUGUACCUUUUAAUUCCUGUCCCAGUGUGGAAAUGAAGCACUAAUCCAGAAGAUCAUUUGUACAUUUAUUUUCUCAAGUUUCAAAAAUUCACAUUUGACAAUCAAGAUAAUUGACAAAAAGAACUAGUACACUAUAAUAUUUUGGAUCCCUUGGAUUACAUUGUGUACGAUUUUUGUGGGUUUGUCUGAGCUUUUUCCUGGUGGCUAGUGUGAAGUAUAAAUGUUUUAUACCAUACUGUUGUGACUAAAUGUAUCAUUAAAUAGGGCAUAAACUUGA